UAACACAGAAACAGAACUAAUAAAAAAAAAUCAAACUGAUCACUGAACUUGCAAUAUUUUAGAUUUCUUUAAAGUCUUAAAUCAUCACUUACCACAAUGAAAAUAUCAGUAAUAGAAAACUUCAAGUCUAAUUCGUUUAAUUAACUACUUGAAAAUAUCGUUUAUUGUAAAUAGUCGCCUUUCAGUAGGUAUUAAGCUGACAACAAAUUUUCUUAUAAACCUGCCAAAAUAAUUUGUUGGUACGAAUUCCUACUAUUGAAUAUAUAUUUGUAGUGAAUUGAAAUGGAAAUAUCAAGUACUGAGCUAAAAUGUUCCUCAUGUGAAACCAUAGUUAAUGAUUAUAGUCCAGAGUUUAUUGAACAAAUGAAGACAAAUUAUGGUGACUACAAAGAUUUUCAAGAAUUUUUAAAAAACUUCAAAAAAGAUCCUGAUUUAGUUCGUGACCAGUGUGUAAGAUGUCGAUCCUUAAAAUGGCAAAAUAUGAAAUAUAAAAAUCAUAAUCAAAUGAGAUCACAUGCCCAGACUGCUGGUGCUUCUAGAAAUAUCUUGACUAAAUUUCAGAUCAUUUUAGUAACAGUAUUCUUAGUGUUAGGAAUCCUUUUACCAAACUUUUUAAAUACGAACAUUUCUAACACUAAUGGUUUGAGUGAAGAUAAAUUGAAGUCUACACUGUUAUUAUUAAAGAGUCAAUUUCCAUCAUUGCAGCGGAGCAUAUUAAACAAAUUAAGUGGUGCUUUUUCGCGGCUUCAAAAGCCAGGUGAACCAAUUGUUUUCAUGCUUUUACAUGAUGACACAAACAAAAAGACUACUGACUGUUUAGCAUCGUAUGCAAGUUUUUCAGCAAAAAAAUAUCUAUUCACUAAUUCCCAAAAAAGUUUAUGGAUGAACGGGUCAGAAUGGAAUAGUUAUUCAGACUUCAAUCAUCAAGACUUGCUGUACGAAAAGUUAAAUAAGCCACUUGAGGAAAACAAUGUGCUGGUAGUGGAGAACUUGCAAGAUUUACCAUGGCCGUUGGCCCAGACAUUGCAUCCUUUAUGUGAUACCAUAAAUCCAAAAAUUGCAAAGGCCAUGUAUUUGCUGGAACUUAGAGUAAAGGAUGAUCUAAAACAGCUGUCUGAGGGUGAUAAAAUAAAAGUGGCUGAGCGGGCCAUGAACAUGGUGUGGGAGGACGCGCCAAACGAGUUCAGGGCACCACUGAUCGCCCGGCUCACAUCGUAUGUGGACGCAGUACUGUGGGAAUCAGACCAGCCAUGUCAUAGAGAAUCUUUCAUCAAGAUAUCACCCUAAACAUAAUAUCUUCCAUAACUCAUCUGCAAAAUCCAUUAUUAGCUGAUCAGUGUUCUACUUUUCUGCUGAAUUAAAUUUGAUUG